GAGGACAUGGGAAGUUGAAAAUCCAAAGAAGCAAAAAAGUGUGUUUAAACCACGGACAAUGCAGGGUAAAAAAGUAAUUCCCACCACUUGUACAUAUAGUAGAGAUGGAAACCUCAUAGCAGCUGCCUGCCAGAAUGGAAGCAUACAGAUCUGGGACCGAAAUUUGGCUGUUCAUCCUAAAUUCCACUAUAAACAAGCUCAUGACCCAGGCACAGAUACUUCUUGCGUGACUUUUUCCUAUGAUGGUAAUGUCCUUGCCUCUCGUGGAGGUGAUGAUACAUUAAAAUUAUGGGACAUCCGACAGUUUAAUAAGCCACUUUUUUCAGCCUCGGGUCUUCCCACCAUGUUCCCAAUGACUGACUGCUGUUUCAGUCCAGAUGAUAAACUCAUAGUCACCGGUACGUCUGUUCAAAGGGGAUGUGGCAGCGGCAAACUUGUUUUCUUUGAGCGCAGGACUUUCCAAAGGGUGUAUGAAAUAGACAUCACAGAUGCGAGUGUUGUCCGCUGCCUGUGGCAUCCAAAGCUGAACCAGAUCAUGGUGGGGACUGGAAACGGAUUGGCUAAAGUCUAUUAUGACCCCAACAAGAGUCAGAGGGGAGCGAAAUUGUGCGUGGUUAAAACACAGCGGAAGGCGAAACAAGCGGAGACUCUAACCCAGGACUACAUCAUCACCCCUCACGCCUUGCCUAUGUUCCGUGAGCCCCGCCAGCGGAGUACAAGGAAACAGCUGGAGAAGGACAGACUGGAUCCCCUGAAGUCUCACAAACCCGAACCUCCUGUCGCAGGCCCAGGUCGUGGUGGCCGGGUUGGAACCCACGGGGGCACCCUGUCGUCAUACAUUGUGAAGAACAUUGCUUUGGACAAAACUGAUGACAGCAAUCCCCGGGAAGCCAUUUUGCGGCACGCCAAAGCAGCCGAGGACAACCCAUAUUGGGUUUCUCCAGCAUACUCCAAGACUCAGCCCAAAACCAUGUUUGCCCAGGUUGAAUCUGAUGAUGAGGAAGCAAAGAAUGAGCCGGAAUGGAAAAAACGUAAAAUUUGAAGAAUCUCAUGUGAGAGCUGUUUGCAUGAGGGGGAGGGAUAUUGAACAGGUUUGGGUUUUUUUUUUUUAAUGAAAUAAAGAGACAUUUUUCUGA